AUGGAAAUAAUUACUAACGAUACAUUGAACAACUACAAUGUGGAUAUCACAAAACAAGCUGAAAAAUACUUGACUGGUCCAUGGCUGACUCGCUUUGUUCCUUCAGUCCACACUGCUGUGGUUAUUUUGAGCCUUCCUUUAAACAUUACGGCAAUCCUUAUAUUUGUGGUCAAAAUAGGGCUUAAGAAGCCAGCAGUGGUGUACAUGCUCAACCUGGCUUCUGCAGAUGUCCUCUUUGUGAGUGUGCUUCCUUUUAAAAUCGCCUACAACUUUUCUGGAAACAACUGGAUCUUUGGGCCUUUGAUGUGUCAUUUUGUCACUGCUGCCUUCUACUGCAACAUGUACUGCUCUGUCCUGCUGAUGAUGGUGAUAAGCAUUGACCGUUUCCUGGCCGUGGUGUACCCAAUGCAGUCCCUGUCCUGGCGCACAGCAAGACAGGCCUCGCUGGUCUGCUUUCUCAUCUGGCUUCUGGCUAUAGCUGGGGUGAUACCUCUGCUUGUCAGUGAGCAAACACAGAGAUUAUCCCGGUUAAAUAUUACAACCUGUCACGAUACAUUAGAUAUCUCUGUUAUUAUGGAUAUAUUUCGUCAUUACUUUUCUGUAUUAUCUAUUUUGUUCUUUUUUAUACCGUUAUUAAUCACUGUCACCUGUUAUGUGUGCAUUAUAAGGAAACUUUCUUCAUCCAGUGUUGCUACAAAGACUGCUAAAAAGAGACGUGCCAUUCUCCUGUCUGUAGCUGUCUUGUCUUCUUUUAUUAUUUGUUUUGGCCCUACAAAUGUCCUAUUAUUAGUGCACAACUUGCGCAUCUCACCUGAUCAACCCCUUGAAAGCCUGUAUUUUGCCUACAUCUUAGCGGUCUGCAUUGGUACCAUAAACUGCUGCAUUGAUCCCUUAAUUUAUUAUUAUGCCUCUUCAGAGUGUCAAAAGCAGGUGUGGGAUCUCCUGUGCUAUAAAAAGCAGUCUGAUCUUGAACAAAGCAGCCAGACAACAAGCAGUAAUGCCACCAAUCCUUUUAGUGGCCUGAAAAAUUUGUCUCAAGCAUAGAAUUUUACAGUGUGUGGUAC